GUCCCGGUCUCUGCCUGCAUCUGGGAUGGAGAAUUUGCAGAGCUGCAGCUGUGAAUCGUGGCUUUUUCUCCUGGAUGAUGGCUAGUGACAGGAGGAGAGAGCCGAAAGAGGAUGAGGAUGAGGGUGGAUCUGAAGAAGUUUCACUUUCAAGUCAGGCGACGAGAGAGAUGAGCGUCUGGGGCAUGUCCGGGCCUGGCUGAGCAAGGAAACAGGUGUGCAAGAAACGUACCUGGCAGGACUGGGCAGCUCCCAGCCGAGGCCCUCAGGCAGCUCCAGCGCGCCUUCCCAGCCACACGGAUCAGGAUCUCCAACCGGCUGCAGCUCCGGAGAUGCGCUCUAACCGGUCCUGGGUUCUACCUCACCUGGGAAAAACUCUCCUGGCAGAGAUGGACUGAGCGGUCCGUCGGUCCGUGCGCCUCCGGUCAGAGCGAGAUCCUCGGCCUUUCAGGAAGGCUGGAAAGGAAGCAGCCACCAUGAAGAAAAUGUUCUCCUGUUCCAGCCAUCCAGUGGCGAUCGAAAGCUGGAACAAGCACGACCAGAAGCUGUUCGACGCCGUUGAGAAAGGGGACGUGACCCGGACGUCCCUUUUUGUGUCGAGGAAGACUGCCCACCCCACCAAGCUCAACGCCCUGGGACAAUCUGCGUUCCAUCUGGCGGCUUCCAAGGGGCUCACGGAGUGCCUCACUAUCCUGCUCACCCACGGGGCCGACGUUGAUGAUAAGAAUGAGGAUGGCAGCACAGCUCUGCACCUCGCCACCAUCGCUUGCCAGCCCCAGUGCGUGAAAGUCCUCCUUCAGCAUGGAGCAAACGAGGAUUGCGUGGAUGGGCAGAGUCGGACUCCUCUGCAUUGGGCUGCUUUAUCUGGCUGUGCCUCCAGUGUCUUGCUUCUCUGUGACCAAGAAGCCUUCCUUGACGUCACGGAUAAGAAUGACCGCACCCCCCUGAUGAUCGCGGCUCAGGGGAACCAGACGGCCAUCUGCUCUCAGCUGCUCCAGAGGGGCGCCAAGGUCGACCUCGCAGAUAAGGAUGGCAAGACAGCUCUCAUCCUUGCCUGUGAAAACGGGGGCGUGGAGGCAGCUGACCUUCUCCUGCAGAACGGUGCCAAUGUGGCUUUGAAGGACAAGACUGACCACGAUGCCCUGUACUACGCCACGCGGAGCAAAAAUCGGAUUCUUCGGAGGCAAAUCCGAACUGCCAUGAAGAGAUGGAAGAAACGAGAACUGGGGCUGUUUGAUUCGUCAGAAACUGGUUCACAGGUGCCCUCUGAGAGUGGGAAAGACACCGACGUGAGCAGCCUGGCUUUCCAGAGCGAGGCGGGCGACCAGAGUGACGACGAAGGCGAGGCGGAGGAAGGCUCCGAGUUACGGGAAUGGCAGAGCAGAUUCCGGGAGGAAAAGAUGAAAGUCAUCCAGCUGGAACUGCAGCUGGACCAAAAGACGAAAGAGUGCCAGGUCUUCUCCAAGGGAUGCCAAGUCUUGAAGGCGAAGGUCUGGGACCAAGUACAGGAGAUUGGCCAGCUCCUGCCGGAUCGGGAUGGACGUGUCCGCGACUGGCGGCCGCUGAGUCAGCGCCUCAGCCAGGAUCCCACGGAGGGGGACCACUGCCUGGACCUUUUGGCCCAGCAAGUCCAAGAUCUGAAGGAGAGGAAGAAGCAGCAGGAAGCGGAGAAGGAGCUGCCCAAAGCUUCAAUGCAAGAGGGAGUGACCAGUCCCAACAAGCUCCAGCCCACCGGGACGGUCCGGUGGCCUGGCGAGGAAGAGGCGGAGGAGCUGAAGCGCCUGCGGAGAGAGCUGGAGGCAGCCCUGGAGGAGAAGGCCACCGCGGCCAGGCGGGUGGAGGAGAUGGAGGGGCACAUGGAGAACAUGAGAGCCGUCAUCGGGGUCUUCGAAGCCAAGAAGAAGUCACAGAACGCGGCCCUCAAGGAGAUGGAGGCUCGGACGCAGCAGCUGGGUGACGAGAACCGAAAGCUGCGAGGGCUCCUGGGAAAACACCUGGCCGGGCCUCCCGAGACCAGCCUAACCCAGGCGAAGGUGGCCCAGUGCAUUAAGGAGAUGGAGGAGACCCAGUUCAGGGCCCAGGAGGAGAUGGUGGCCAUGCUGGCCGAAAACGAGGACCUGAAGAAGGAAGCCGAGGAGGCCGUUCGCAGCAGGCUGCAGUUCCAAGCGGUGCCAUCCGGCGCAGUCAAGAAAUGCGUCACGGCCUGGAAGAAGGUGGUCACUGGCCUGGAGGGAGCUCUGGCUAAACUGGAAGAGACCUGUUCUGCUCUUGUGGACAAAGCUCGGCCUCUCCAAGAAGCCAUUUUGGAGCCUCCUUCCAAAACCUUGGUCAACGGCAACGGUCUUCAUGAAGAAGAGAAGAAUGGCUCUGGCCACGAGGCGGCCCGCUCAGAGACCGUCAAGGAGCUGCAGAAAGAUGGGGUAGAAAAGACCCAGCUCCAUAAUGGUCUUGUGGGGCAGGGGAAGCUCAGGCCAAAACCUGAGGGGGUGGAAAACAAGGCCCGUCCAGGCCAUCGGAGAAGCUCUGACCUGGAGAAGGAAGUGUGGGACCUCAAGCAUAACAACGGCGGCUUGGUGGAAGAAUUGGCUCAGCUGAGCAGGGAAAGGGAGAAGCUUCAGGAAGAACUUCAGAAGUUACAUGGCUCCACCGAGGCCUCUCCUCGGACAGAGAAGACCGAGCGCCUGGUGGAAGAGCUGAAACGGACGGUGGAGGUCUUGUCCAAGGAGCUCUCACUGGAGAAAGAGGAAUCGGACAAACUGCGCCUGAAGCUGGAGGAGCAGAGGAAGGAGGUGACGUUCGUGAGGAACAACUUCUUCAAGAAGGUGACCCAAGAGGCCAGCGCCAUCGUCGGCGACAACCUGGACAGCUGCAUCUUGAAGGAGCUCCACUGGAAGUUGGACAACGUGGUGAGGAAGCAGAACGAGGCCUUGCAGCUGGUCUCCGAGAUGGAGGAGGAGAACCGUGCCCUGGAGGCUGACCGGACCCUCCAGCUUGACCCCAAGAACCCCGACAAUGACAAAACUGGUCAAGAGAUCUUCUUGGAGGCUUCCGAGGUCAUCGGGGAAAACUGGAAGGUCAGAGAGCAGAUGGUGGAACUGGAGAAAAGCUUGCAGGAGAUGAAGAAGCUGCUGGUUGCAUCUCAGGUGACUCAAGGAGGCCUCAAGGCAGCCGGCUUGAUGCAGCUCCUGGACCGAGUCCUGGCCCAGAUGGCUGACUUGCGCCAGGGGGAAGAACAAGUCCUCGGCAAGUACGAGAAGAUCUGCAGCAUGCUGUCCACCAGGGCUCAGGUCCUGGGGGAGGAGUUGGCGGCUCUCCGGGAGAAAUACGAGGAAGCCAAUCGAGCAUCUGCCCAACACAAGGAAGCCCUGGACCACGAAUUGUGGAAGACUCAAGAGCUGAUGGCCGAAGCUCUGGAGCACGAGGAGGAAGUGGAGGAGCUGAGAGGGAAGUCCCAGAAGUUGGGGAGCAAUGUGGACAAGCUGAAUAAGAAGGUGGACGACAUCGCCAAGAUGUGCCAGGAAAGAGACGCCAAGAUCAAGAAGCUGCUGAAGGAAACGGAGAAGCUCUCGAGCGAAAUCUUGAACCUGCGGAGCGAACGCACGCGGCUGAUCCUGCAGAACGAGGUUGCGCAAAAGAACCACCAAGAGAUCGUGGCCAUAUACAGGACCCACCUGCUCAAUGCAGCCCAGGGGUACAUGGAUGAAGAGGUCCACGCCAUGCUGUUGCGAAUCCUAAGGACAGACUGAAGUCUUGGAAAACUCUGAGUAAGAACCAGAGGCGAGAAACCAGCUCCCAAUUCCCCAAGAGCCGGCUCCGAUUUCCGGGACCGCCCGUCGCCCCAAACCACUCAGGAAGGAUGCAACUCUGCAAAGCACUCAAGACCACCUGCCUUUUUUUGCUAGUCGCUGGAAUUCU